AUGGCUGAGACUUCGUCCUUGUCUGAGCGCGAUGAAAAGUCCGUUCUGGAUGAAAAGCUGUCGCCGCAAAAUGGCGGUGAUGCCAACGCCGAGGCCGCCAUUGAGCGCAGCGUCACGAAAGAAUCUAUCAAAUACCCCCCAAAGGCCAAGGUCAUUCCUAUCAUGCUCGCCUUAUACAUCUCCAUGUUCCUCGUUGCUCUGGACCGCCUGAUCGUCGCAACAGCCACUCCUAAAAUCACAGACGAAUUCCACAGUCUAAAUGACAUCGGCUGGUACGGCAGCGCAUACAUGCUCACAGCCUCCGCCUCCCAACUCGUCUACGGCCGCAUCUACACCUUCUACCCCGCAAAAUGGGUCUUCCUAGCCUCAAUCAUCAUCUUCGAAGCCGGUUCCGCCCUCUGCGGCGCCGCGCCAUCCUCCGUCUCCUUCAUCAUCGGCCGCGCAAUCGCCGGCAUAGGCACAGGCGGCAUCUCCGCCGGAGCAGUCAUCAUCAUCGUCUUCACCGUCCCCCUCCAGCAACGCCCCAUGUACCAGGGCUUCAUGGGCGCCGUCUUCGGCAUCGCGUCCGUCCUGGGCCCCAUCCUCGGCGGUGUCUUCACCACCCACGUCACCUGGCGCUGGUGCUUCUACAUCAACCUGCCCUUCGGCGGCGCGGCGAUCGCCGUCGUCUUCUUCCUGCUGGAUGUGCCGCCGCCGCGCAACGGAAGCUGGACCAUCAAGCAGAAGAUCAAGCUGCUUGAUCCGCUGGGGAAUCUGUUCCUGAUGCCCUGUGUGCUGUGCCUGCUUCUUGCGCUGGAGUGGGGUGGUUCGACGUAUGCGUGGGCGAACUGGCGCAUUAUCUUCCUGUUUGUUCUUUUCGGCGUGCUGGGCGCUGUGUUUGUCGCUGUGGAGAUUUGGCUGGGUGAGAAGGCGCUUGUGCCGCCGCGUAUUUUCAAGCAGCGAUCUGUGCUGGCCGGCGUUAUUUGGACUAUGAGUACCAGUGCUUGUAUGAUGGUUGUGCUGUACUACUUGCCCAUUUGGUUCCAGGCUAUCAAGAACGUGGAUGCCGAGCAGUCGGGUAUCAUGAACCUGCCUCUUGUGAUCUCGAUGGUCAUCGCGGUCAUCUUUUCUGGAGUCGCGAUUUCCAAACUCGGUUACUAUAACCCGUUCAUGUUUAUUGCUGUUGCCUUGCUCUCGAUUGGUUCGGGUUUGAUAUACACUUUCCAAAUUGACACUGGGCACCCCAAGUGGAUUGGCUACCAAGUCAUCUUUGGACUAGGGUUGGGCUUUGGAGUGCAGCAGGCCAACAUUGCAGUGCAGACUUGUCUCGACCCCGUGGAUGUUCCUAUCGGCGCAUCUCUUCUGAUGUUCUCUCAGCAACUCAAUGGUGCUAUUUUCAUGGGCAUCGCAGAGACAUUGUUCUCUAACUUCUUGAAAAAGAAUCUGGAGAAAGUGUCUGGCAUCGACGCGGCGGCAGUUAUCAAGGCCGGUGCCACCUCACUCCGGGAAUAUGUCCCCGAGUCGAAGAUGAGUGCUGUGUUGGACGGAUACAGCGACGCCGUUACAAGGACGUUUAUCCUUGCUAUUGUCAUGGCAUGUCUUUCAAUAUUCCCAGCAUUGGCGAUGGAGUGGAAGAGCGUCAGAAAGGAUGUUAAUAAGAAGAGGAAGCUGGAAACUGCCGACGAAAAGGCAUAA